AUGUCGAGGUUGAGCAAGUGUGUGGUGAAACACGGAGUCAAGAAAUUUGCAGCGGAAAUCCUGUUUUCAAAGCUCUAUGAAAGUCAGGAGCGCUUAGCAGAACGAAUCGCCAACAUGAAACAGAGCUUCCUGUACGAGCGAUACACAUCGAGGGUGAAUCAGAUAUUGAAUUUGGAUACCAGCCAGUUACAAGCUUGGGUGCGUUCGUCAUUCAUGAGCACACGAAAGGACCGUCGCAAUGCAGAGCUUGAGAGUUUUUUGAGCAGCGUGGUUCAACCUUGCAUGGGCAUCAACAUUUUUGCCGCAGUCAAGGCGAAACCAGAUCUCAUAUCAGCUCAGGUGCACUUCGAACGGUUCCUGGCCAAUGAGUCCAUUGAUGAGAUGGAACGGGUGAAUGUAGCAAUCGCUCAAGCCGCCAUUUCUGGAAAAAUGCAACAGCAUCCAAUUCAGGGCCUCAUCCUAAGUUGCCUAAGAACCUUGGAGAGAGCAGCUGACGGUUUUCAUGGUCCUUCCUUGACCCGGGGGAGAGUGGCAAACGACUCGGCUUUGGCAAGUGAGAAGGCGAAGAGUUUGGCCCGUGAGGCAGGGCUCAUGCUCAGCCUUGCGGGAGCCAACAAGGGUCUGUUGCGAAAAUUUGGAGUUGACACCAAGGUCAUGACAAGGCAUUCCAACUACACGGAAAAGUUGGAGCAGGCUUCUUUGCCCAUCCCGUUCCUUUCGCUCUCCAGCCACGACCAGAUCCAACAGAACAUGCAGAUGAUUGAUCAGCAGUUGGCAUUCUUGGCUUGUCCGUGGUAUUACGUGUGCAACAUGGACGGUGAUCCCAGCAUGCUGAGCGUGAACUGGUCAAACAAGGGAGCGCUCUUAUGGAGCCUGAGCACUGCGCUCUGUGUGGCUCCCUCAUUACACAAGGGGUUGACUGUGAAGGAGCGAGCUGAAUGCGCUCUAUCUGGCUUUUUGGCUUGGGAUCUUUGGCAGCUCACAGCUGCAAGGAAGGAAAGUCAGGAAGGUGCACGUGUAGGUGAAUACUCCAUGGCAGCCGUCACCGUGGAGAAUUUGCAGAAUGUUUGCCUCAGCGUCCUAACUAUCCUCCUCACCAAGCCAGCGAAUGCAGAGCUGUCCGUUGAGACCUUUGUCAGGACGAGCGCCCUAUAUGCUUUGCAGAAGAUGGCCAAGGCUGAGUGCCCAUCGAAUAGCAAAAAGGUAGAGGAGCCUGCCCUGACUGAGAAACAGUUUCAGAGUUGCUGCCAGAAAGCCUUUGACUCAGCUGUUGCACUUGUAUCUUGGGCUGGUGGCUUCGAAGCAGAUUCCCUAAAAAAGUACUACACAGAAUGCUGCAGCGUGAACUGGUUCCAGACCAUGCAACAAGCUGCGCCAGAGUUUUGUGAAGACGACCAAGAAAGCGACAAUGAAGACGACGCUUUGCGCAGUGCUCGCACUCCGCGUCUUGAUGAAUCUGAUCGCAAGAGCUUCUUGGAGAAGAUGGAGAGUGCGCGUGUGGAGAAAGAAGGCAAGCUCGGGUCUUCCCAAAAGUAUCCGCGGACCCUUGAAUAUGCCAUGUGUGGUGUGGACGGGGCUGAUGGCGCGUGGCUGCCUGGAAAGCCAAACACCGUUUCGGAGAAGACAGGCCAUGUCAUCAUCUACGUUCGCCAAGAUGGUACCAUGAAGACCGGCCUGGUAACAACGGUGUGGAAAGCUGGUAAGAAGAAGAAGAUCGUGGAAGAUUCCACAGAGUUCAAGUGUACGGGAGAGAGUCCCUGCAGAGUCUAUCCGUUUGACGCGCUUGUGGCCAUCCUGGAUUGCAAGCCGGAAAGCAAGCGGAAGCCCUAUGAGUGCGUUGAGACCUUCUACGUAGAGCUGACUGAAGAGUCUGUUGCUGCAACCAAGAGCGCGGGAAAGCAUGUAGCCGGGACAUGGCUCACCGGUGGUCCUCAGAAAGCGCCCAGGAUCAGGCGAAAGCGCGUUUUCAAGGUUGCAGCUCGGGCUGUGAAGUCUAUCCAGUCUGCCAAGAAAAAGGCUUCCAAAGGGGUGCCUGGGAAGUCAGCCUCUUCCAAGCCUUCCGUGAUGCCAGUCAAGAAGAGCGCGUUGAAGCAGAAGAGUGUGUCCAUCGAGCCAGUGCCUCAAAACUUUACCCGCUCAUCCACGGGGUUCAAGCUGAUUCGUGAGCAGAUGUCAGCUCUUCGCAACCUGGAUCGGGCAGCGUUUGCAGCGAAGCCGGCCUUCGCAGCAGACACUGGAGCUUGCCGUUUGCAGUAUCUAGACUUGUAUUAUCUUGUAUUUGCGCAAUGA